AUGUCUGGAAGGGGAAAGGGUGGUAAAGGUCUGGGUAAAGGUGGAGCCAAGCGUCACCGCAAAGUUCUCAGAGACAACAUCCAGGGCAUCACAAAGCCCGCAAUCCGCCGUCUGGCCAGAAGAGGCGGGGUCAAACGCAUAUCAGGUCUGAUAUACGAAGAGACCAGAGGCGUUCUCAAGGUGUUCCUUGAAAACGUCAUUAGGGACGCCGUCACUUACACCGAGCACGCAAAGAGAAAAACCGUAACAGCCAUGGACGUCGUGUACGCUCUCAAGAGACAGGGACGUACCCUCUACGGUUUCGGCGAUUUUUGGAAAUCAAGCAAAACCUAUAGUAACAUGGUCAUCACGUAA